UAUGAGUGGUCCCCAUUAGUUUGCAGGAGAUCUGGAAUUCAGUCCCAGACUUCAUAAACGAGAGCGCGUUGCAGCGUGGUGAAGUGAACAUGGAGAACUCCGAAGUUGAAGUAGACGAUGCUGUGGCAACGAUUAUUGGAAAUGUUGAAUUUCGAGAGUUCGCACCUGAAGUAGUUGGUGAAAAUUUCGUUGUCGGAAGGAUUCAGGAGUCUGUUGCUGAGGGAGAACAGGCCCAGCAAGAAAGUCAGAGCUAUCCGGAAGAAAGCUUUCCUUGUGACAUUCAGUAUGACACCGAAGCUCUUGAACAGCCUAAAGAUGUGCGUGCACCGAAGCAAAAGAAGCAAUGCAUGCCAAGAAAACGGAGGACGGAAGAAGAUGGCAAUUACCCCAACAUAAAAUCGUGGAAACCAUAUAUCAACACAUUGAUCGAUGAAGGGGUAAGAGGGUACCACAAAACACCUCUUCCUGUUUACAAUGGAACUUUCCCAAAGGUCGAUGAGUACCUUAAGCCUGACAUCAUCUUAUGGGAUUUGCAAAAAGAAUUCCCUGAAAUUAAUGGCAACCUUUGCCCGGCAGAGAACUGCAACGAGCCUUUGGCACUGUAUCCAAUUGCAUACACAUACAUGAUGCGAGUGCUGUAUGACUUUGAAAGGCCAGUUCUGCUGGUUACUUCUAUGUUAAGGUGCAAAAAUGCAAGAGAGCACAGAUUUCUUGGGUAUGAUCCCCGCAUUUUAAAGCAGCUUUCAGACCAAGAGUCAGUUCCAUUUGUGCUUUUUCACAAAGUAGGAAUGACAAGAGAGCUUUUCAAUUCGAUAAUGAAUCAGGUGUCAAAUGGUGUAAAGUUUGGUCAAAUUCAAGAUAUGUUAAGGAAGAACUAUGUUGAAAAUCAUGUUGAUAGAGAGAAAGCUUACCUAGCCGCAGUUCAACAGUACAACAGAGACCACCCAGAUGAGCAAAAGAAACCAGAAGUAUUCCCUACAAUCAAAAUCAAAGGUCCAAGAAACACUUUCAUUGGGCAAUGCUUUUUGCUUGGUUUUAAAGAAAAAGAAUAUUUCUAUAAGCUUUCAAUGUCACAGCUUCUUGCAGAUGAGUGGGUAAUUUUAGACGAAAUGAAGCUUCCAACAAAUGUUGGCACUAAUGCAAAAGGAGUUUGGAAAAAGGAAGUUGAUCAUCUUUUUUAUUGUCAAAAUGAAGUUGGCCAAGUGCUGACAUGGCAACUUACAGGAAGAUGUAGCAUUGCAGAGAUAAAAGAGACGCUUAUCUCAGUAAAAGAUCGACAUGAGCAGAUUGGCAAACAAAUGAAGGGUUGUUGUACUGGGUUUUGUUGUGAAUGGCGAGAUAAUUUAAUUUUAAUAUUUGGUCCAGAGUUUCAGGUUAAGUGUGAUGUUGAAAGAGCAAUCGCAAAGUUGUCCGAAAAACUGCAAGAAGAGAGUCUGAUGUACUUGCCAUGUACAGAAGACUUUCGAUUAGUUUUUCAAGAUCCUGUUGAUUCAAACAAAGUUAGGAUAUUACCAACUCCGUCUCCAGGAAUCAUUCUGAGUAACCUGGAAGUUUUCAAAGAAAAGUGGAAGAAGAUAAAAGAAGAAAAUGGGAAACUUGUUUUGACAAAUGCAGCUAUCAGAGUAAUUGAGGAAUUAGAAUCCCAUAUAAUCAGUGGAUGCUACAGUAAUAUACCACCAUUUCCUAAUGGUAUUGACAGGAAAGAUUUUCAGUUUUCUUUGAGAAAGAAAGUGAAUAAUUGCCGUCUUGGAAUUCCAGUUAUGGUAGCCAUAGCCUCAAUUGCACUUCAUGACCAUAAUACUUCAAGGCAAGAAGAUCUUGGUAGAGAUACUGCACCAGUGCUUUUAGUUGUACCGGAUGAAGAGAAAACAGUCAAUGAAGAUUUGUCUGGCACAGUAUCCUUAGGAAAUAGCAAUUUACAGUGCUUGACUGUUGAAGUAAACAUGAACAAAGCUCUUGAAAGUAUUGCAUCAAGUCAAGCAAAAGCAAUUAAGUGUUCUGAAGAAGUUGAUUGUAAAGCCCUUUUGCAGUCAGUCAAUGAAUAUUUUGAUAACAGUAACAAGGACUCCAAGGAUCAUGAUUAUCAAAUAAAUGAUCAAUGUCUUGAUGAUACAAUCAUAAAAAGAACAAUUACAUUCUUGAGGUAUGCAGAAACAUUGUCAAAAGUUGUAUCUGGAGAGCAUGUUACUGAGAAAUUGAUUCCUUUUCUCACAUGUGCAUUCCCACUUUUGUUACAAGACAAGGAAACAAAGGAGAUGAAUAUAAAGAUGGAGAUUAUAAGCAAGGAACUUCCAAAAUUCAAAGAUUUGGAAGUAGUCCGGGAUCCAGUUGCAUUAGAUUAUAUGCCACUAGAGGAAACAUUUUUGAAUGCUAUUUCUAAAGUUGUAAGCAUUUAUAUGUCAUAUAAAAUUGACGAUAAAGAUGAUGAGGAUGAUAUAAGACUGUUUCAAAAGUCAUUGAAAGAACUUGGUUUUGAGUUAGGAAUGGACACUACAGAUGUUUCGAAAAAUCUUAAAAAGCUCUUGAAGAUUGAGCACAAAAACACUGCUGCUGAUUCUAGUGAAAGUGAAGGACUGAAAUCUGUAUCAAAAGCAGAUGGUUCAAAUGAUUGUAAAGAGGAACCUAAAGCAGAUGAUGAUGCAACUGAAACCAAAAAGUUGAAAGAUGACAGCAAGUCAAUCUCUGAUAUAGGUGAAUUUGAAGCAAUUGUGAGGGAAGUUGCCAACAUUCUUUCUGUUCAAAUUUCAGUCAUUUCUUGUAUGAAAAGCUUCCCAAUUAUUCCUGUUUUUCCUCAUACACUGUCUGCCUGGUCACCAAACAUUUUUCUGUUUUAUAUUGGAGGCUCAUUUGUUCCUGUUGUUCCAAAAGAUGUGUUAUCAGAUGCUUCAAUGCUAGAUAAGGGUUUAAGUGAUUCUGCUGGUAAAGAAAGAAAGCAGCUUGCAAAUGUGAAAUGUCGUUGUGGGCGUGGUAAUUCUGGGCAUUCUGAGGGAAAGUGCUACACCCAUGAGAAUUCUAAAUAUAUUACAAGGUGUAUGUGUUUCAGACUGCAACAGCCUUGUACAAACAAGUGCGACUGUAAGAACUGUAAAAAUCCAUAUGGUGAUAGACCACUGAAACAAGCAUCUAGCUUAGUGAAGGCUAGCGACACUGAAAGUGCUGCAUCCUCAGAACCAGUUGCAAAGAGAAGAAGGCACACUCACCAUCAUUCAAACUUGUCUAAAGACCUAAGAGCAGAAAACUUUCAGACUGGGGCAGGGAUUGAAGUCAGCCUUGGAAAAUGGUCAUUGGCUGAAAAGCUUUUGUUUGAGUCCUUAAUCAGUGAAAUGAAGACAGAGGAGGAUUCACUUACAACAGAGCUUGUUGCACAAAAGUUUAACAAUGUUGUGCAAGUGGCAUCAAAUAUUGCUGGUUUGAAGAAUCUUGUUGGUUUCAAAACUCCAACACAAGUCAACGAGAGAUUGAAAGACAGAGAAAAAGAUGUUGAAGAAUACCUUGUGAUGUACCAAACACAGCUGGACUUGCUUAUAAGCAAAGAAGGUUCCAUUAUCCAGAAUGAAGGACAAGAGCUUGAGACUGUAGAAGAACAAGGAUUUGCCUAAUUUCACUCAUCUCUGGUUAUGGUAUAAACACUGUAUGAAAAAUGGUAAAUUUCUUUAAUUUUUUCUUCAUAUCUUUUUCAUGUUUGUUUUCUACAUUUUCCAAUGAUAUAUGUUGUGCUUUUGUUUGGUAAAUAGGAGAUAUGCU